AUGUUUGGAGAAUUAUACUAAGAUAAAAAUUAGCCAGCACCAGAAUUACUAUCUGAUUUAACAUUGGACUAAAUUGAUUACGAAUGGAUAGAAAAUUAAAAAAAAGCUAGUUUUUUGAAAAAAGCUAUAAGAUUAAUUGAAGAAGAUGGUGAUUAUUAUAAAGAUUUAAAAGAAGCUUGCAUAUAAAAACUUAUUAAAAUCGAUCCUUCUAAAGCACCUAAAAAAUUCAAUAAUAAUGUAAACGAGGAAGUAAAAUAAUAAAUCUAAAAAGACAUAUAUAAAUGGGAAGAUGAGGUAACUAAAAACGAAAAAACCAAAAUUUUAGAACCUGAAUAACCUUUAACUGAAGAAUAGAAAAAAAGAAGAGCCGAAAACGAAAAAAAUAAAGGUAAUGAGGCUUUAAAAUCGAAAGACUUUAAAGAAGCAAUCGAAUAUUAUACUAAAAGUCUUCAAUAUGACCCUUAAUUAUCAGCAUCUUAUUCUAAUAGGGCUCUAGUUUAUUUAAAAUUGAAAGAAUAUUAAAAAUGUAUAACUGAUUGUAACAAAGCAAUAUAAAUUAACCCUGAAUAUACAAAAGCAUAUCAUAGAAGAGGUAAAGCGAAAUUCGCUUAAGAUAAAAUACUAGAAGCCUAUUAAGAUUUUAAAUUCAUUAUGUAAAAAGAACCUGAUAAUCAAGAAGUAAACGGAGACUUAAAAGAAUGCUAAGAAAUUCUAAAAAAGUAAAAUAUUUAAACUACUGAAGGAUUCAGACGAAUAUAAAUAGUGGAAGAAGAUGAAGAUGAAGAUGAAGAAGAAGAAAAAGACUAAGAAGAAAAAGAAUAAAAAUAACAAUAUGAUAUUUAAGAAGUUUAAAAUAUUGAAAAAUAAAAAGAAUUAGCAAAUGAAGAAAUAAAAAAGGGAAAUUUUGAGACUUCUUUGAAAAUAUUCGAAAAAUGUGUUUUUGAUUUGGAAAAAAUAAUUGCUAAAUUUCCUUUAAAAGAAGAACUUUUAAUUAUACUUAAGUUAUUGAAUAUACUAAUAAAGUUAUAGAAAUGAAAAAAAACAUAUCUCCUUAAAUUCUUACUAAAGCUUAUUUAAGAAGAGGUAUGUCUUAUGAAAUCCUAGAAAAAUUUAAAAGAGCAAACAAAGAUUUUAUAAGAGUAAAAAGAUUAGAACCAAGUAAUUUAUUAGCUAGUUAAGGGCUUAGAAGAAUUUAAACUAGUUUAAGUUAUGAUA